GAGCUUCGGGGUGAUAAUUAUUCAUGGGCUCCUGCCUCUUGUUCUUUCUCUCGCUCGGUCCCACGCUGCAGACUCAGUGCCUUAUUCAGUCUUCUCUCGCGCUCGCUGCUGCUGUCGCGGACCCCUCGCCUUCGCCGCCGCUCCGCGUCUGCACCUCCCUGCAAUGGCUAAGACAGCGAUGGCCUACAAGGAGAAAAUGAAGGAGCUGUCCAUGCUCUCGCUCAUCUGCUCCUGCUUCUACCCCGAGCCCCGCAACAUCAGCAUCUACACUUACGAUGACAUGGAAGUGAAGCAGAUCAACAAACGUGCCUCCGGCCAGGCUUUCGAGCUGAUCUUAAAGCCACCGUCUCCCAUCUCAGAAGCCCCUCGAACUUUAGCUUCUCCCAAGAAGAAAGACCUGUCCCUGGAGGAGAUCCAGAAGAAACUGGAGGCCGCCGAGGAGAGAAGAAAGUCUCAGGAGGCCCAGGUGCUGAAACAGCUGGCGGAGAAGCGGGAGCAUGAGCGGGAAGUCCUGCAGAAGGCGCUGGAGGAAAACAACAACUUCAGCAAAAUGGCCGAGGAAAAGCUGAUCCUGAAGAUGGAACAGAUUAAGGAAAACCGUGAGGCUAAUCUAGCUGCUAUCAUUGAACGUCUGCAGGAAAAGGAGAGGCACGCUGCGGAGGUGCGCAGGAACAAGGAGCUGCAGGUGGAACUGUCCGGCUGAGGCGACGGAGGGUAUGGUGCGCCCCGCGGCUAGGAAGUCCCCCUGCCUAUAGCAUAAGGGAUCAUGCGAUAUCAGUAUGAGAAAUGUGUGACAUGGUUUAAGAAGAACUCACUAUUUAAAAAACACACAGAAACAGAAUCAAAAAUAAAAGAAAUUAAUGCGGUCUCUUUGCAGAAUGUUUUGCUUGAUGUUUAAAAAAAAAUACCUUGGUUCUUAUUUUGUAAAUACUUACAUUUUUGUUAAAAAAUACAAGUAUUGCAUUAUGCAAGUUAUUUCAUAACCUUACAUGUCCUGUAACAGGCUUUUGACGUUGUGUCUUUCCACGCAAAUGAAAUCGCUGGGUCUGUUCCUUCCGAAGCUCCCCACGUCUGACUCCCUUCCUUGCCUUUCUCAUUCCAACAGAAAAACGAGGUCAGUAGACAGUCUAUGGUGCUAGAGAUCCACCAUUGCCUAAUGACCUAGACAGCGCUGUCAUCCCUGAACUUGACCGAGCCCAUCCCUAGACCACAGGUGUUAUGACUCCACACCUAACUCUACAUUUGUUCAUUCAUCACCUACUUACUGCCUAGAAAUGGCAAAACCAGGCUAAGAAUACCCACCAAUCGUAGCAUUGACAUUCGCUUCUACUGGAUUGUGUGCUCCCGAUGUGCUUCGGUUUUAGAAAGGGAUGGAUGAGAAGACAGGCCUGAGAUUAAUCUGGGUGGAAGCAAAAAAAGGGACCCUUUAAAGUGCUGUUUUAAACGGCUCCAGCAGCCGCGAAAUCGCUCUUCGUGAAGUGGGCUUAGUUCUCUCCUUUAAGUUCUGUUGAUGGAAUGAAUUAAUUAACGUGUCAGGUGGCUUAUUUGUGGAUGCCAUGAUGGACGAUGUUCAUUUUAAGCUCUUACCUAUAGAACAAGUACAUGAUGCUACUGAAUAGUUUUCACUUGGAAACUGUGAGCUGGUCAUUGCGUUGAAAUACACACACACACACACACACACACACAAAGUCAGAAACACUGCGGACUUUCACACAAGCUGGUCUUUCUUCCCCAGUGUGAGGCAAUCCUGCCGAUUAAAAAAAUAUAUAUCACUCCAUCUGCGAGGGCUGACACAGUGAAGGGGGUAGGCAGGGCACUGUGCCAACUAAGAAUCACCAGACAUCCACGUCAGGACCUAUCACAGUUUUGAAGUCGUUUCUCCCCACCUCCCAACUCCCCAAGGUUGCUGCCUGCAUAUUUACUCUUCAUUAGUGCUCUUUCCUGUAUGUCAUUGUGAGCAAGCUGUGAUGAAUAAAGAAUUGGAGUUCUGUGAACUAA